CUUUUAUUAAAAUAAUUGACGUGAAAUUUAAUGCCAAAUUGACGCCUUUUCGACCGGUUUUCCUCUGCUACCUCAAAAAUAGAUUUCUGAUGAAUGAGGAGCGCCGAGCGAGUAAUGAAGGUGCAGUCUGAAUCACAGACAGCCGUAAUCACAUGCUUGCAAAUAUACACGGCGACUUUGCUGCCACUGUAUUUAUAGUGGGAUUUUUGUGCUUUUAAAAAUGGAGCUCUCAAAGGUCGCUAUACAGCUUUCAAGAAACUGAGAAAAGGCUUCCUUUUUUCCCAUUUGAGUACUGUUCGUUGCUCAGUAGCUCGGACCAGAAGUUCAUUAUUUGAUGAGGUAUAAGUGGUUGUGCUGUUUAGGUGAUGGAUGGCGGUUUGCGGCGGGUUAGCUUAGUUGCGGGGUUCUUCUGUGUUUGUUUUGUAAGAUGAGAAGCCUGUGGGCCACAGAUUCUUGCAAACAUAUUCAGCUCAAUCAUUCUGUUGAAAGGAUCCCCCAGUCGUGGCUUCAAGUGGAAAGGGGCAAACUCACAAGAAUGUCCUGCACAGAUCCUUCUUCCUUUUACAACUCAUCACUGAUCAAACUUGCAGAGCCUCCCAUAGAGCCAUAUUUCAAACCUCUAGAUUAUGUAGAAGUGCUGGCUCGGAUUCAUGAAGAGCUCGAAGCUGCUUCGGAAAAUGAAAAAUCAGACCUGUAUUUAUUACAAUCUCAAGUUUUCAGGGGCCUUGGUGAAGCAAAAUUACUGCGGCAGAGUCUUCGGUCUGCCUGGAGACAUGCUACUAGUGUACAUGAGAAGGUUAUUUAUGCUGCCUGGUUGAAGCAUGAGAAACAGGGGGAAGAGAUGAUUCGUGACUUGUUGUCUCAAUGCAGCAAAUGCAAGCAGGAAUUUACUCCUUUGGAUAUCAUAUCAGAAUUUUCACGGAAAGCAACCUCGAAUGACUCCGUAAACUCUCCCAUUUCAAAGAAUCAUGAACCUUCAUUCGAAAAUGUCUCUUUGAGUCCUCCCCCAGAUUUUGUUGUCUUCCACAUUGGAGAGGAUAAAAUAGUUUGUGAUCGGCAAAAGAUUGCAGCGAUUUCUGUCCCAUUUCAUGCCAUGCUGAAUGGUUGUUUCACAGAGUCGCGCAAAACAGAUAUUAAUUUAUCAGAGAGUGGUAUUUCUACAAAAGGCAUGCGUGCUGUUUGUGAAUUCAGUAAGACAGGCAAACUUAACGUUCAAUCACCAGAAAUAUUGCUAGAAAUCCUGGCUUUUGCAAACAGGUUUUGUUGUGAACAACUAAAGGAUGCAUCUGACAGAAGUCUGGCAUCUUUUAUCCACACUAGACAGGAUGCCAUAACUUUUAUAGAUUAUGGCUUGGAAGAAAGUGCUCAGGUUCUGGUGGCUUCCUGCCUUCAGGUAAUCCUUCGAGAACCUCCACAUUCCUUACAUGAUGAACAAGUUGCAAGAAUAUUUUACAGCAUUGAUGCCGAAAAAAGGUCAAUCAUGGCAGGCAGUGCUUCAUUUGCUUUGUAUUCUUUAUUAAGUGAGGUUGCGAUGAAGGAUAAUAUGAAAUCAGAUAAGUCAGUCUUCUUCCUACAGUGUUUGAGGGAUUGUGCAAAAACCAGCAGGCAAAGUGCAUUUGCACUCCAUCAGCUAGGUUGUGUGAUGCUUGCAAGAAAAGAGUAUGAAAAGGCAGAAAGGUUAUUUGAUGCCGCUAUACAGGAAGGCCAUUUUUAUUCUUAUGCAGGCUUAGCAAGAGCAAAGUAUCACAGGGGAUAUAAGCUUACUGCAUAUGAAAAAAUACGUCAUUUGUUAUCUUCGUGCAAGCCAUUAGGUUGGAUGUACCAAGAGAGGUCUCUAUAUUGUGAUGGAAAAGGAAAGUGGCUGGAUUUAGAUAGAGCAACAGAGUUGGAUCCGACUUUGACUUAUCCAUUCAUGUACCGAGCUGCUGUGCUAAUGAAAGAACAGAGUGCACAUGCUGCACUAGCAGAAAUCAAUCGUGUUUUAGGAUUCAAGUUGACGCUUGAUUGCUUGGAGCUUCGGACUUGCUUUUACUUGGCUCUUCAGGAUUAUAGAGGUGCAUUGUGUGAUAUCCAAUCAAUCUUGACUCUAAAUCCAAAUUAUAUGCUUUAUGGGGGGCGUGUGGGUGCUUCUCAAUUGCGCAGUUUACUGUUUCCACAUGUAGAGCACUGGACAACUGCAGACUGCUGGAUGCAAUUGUAUGAUCGGUGGUCAGCUGUGGAUGACAUUGGUUCACUUGCUGUAAUCUACCAAAUGGUGGAGUCAGAUGCUGGCAGUGGAAAGGGUCUUCUUUUCUUCAGGCAGUCCCUUCUCCUCCUUAGGUUAAACUGUCCUGAAGCAGCGAUGCACAGUCUUCAGCUGGCCCGUCAACAUGCAAACAGUGAGCAUGAGCGUCUUGUCUAUGAGGGUUGGAUCCUUUAUGAUACAGGCCAUUGUGAAGAGGGGCUAGUGAAAGCAGAAGAGUCAAUUACCAUUCAAAGGUCAUUUGAAGCCUUUUUUCUUAAGGCAUAUGCGUUGGCAGAUUCCAGCCAAGAUCAAGCAUCUUCUGCCAUGGUCAUAGCACUAUUAGAGGAAGCCUUAAAGUGUCCCUCUGAUGGGCUCCGCAAGGGUCAGGCAUUAAAUAAUCUUGGCAGUGUUUAUGUGGAUUGUGUCAAGUUGGAUCUAGCAGCAGAUUGCUAUGUGAGUGCUCUCAAAAUUCGUCAUACUAGGGCUCACCAAGGCCUUGCUCGUGUGCAUUAUUUGAAAAAUGAUAAGACUGCUGCUUAUCAGGAAAUGACCAUGCUGAUUGAAAAAGCUAGAAACAAGGCCUCAGCAUAUGAAAAAAGGUCCGAAUAUUGUGAUCGUGAUAUGACAAAGGCUGACCUGCAAAUGGUUACUCAACUUGAUCCUCUUCGGGUUUAUCCAUACAGAUAUCGUGCAGCUGUUUUAAUGGAUAACCAGCAAGAGGAAGAAGCCAUUGCUGAACUUUCAAGAGCUAUUGCGUUUAAAGCAGAUUUGCAUCUUCUUCAUCUACGUGCAGCUUUCCAUGAGUGUAUUGGGGAUGUGGCCGGGGCAUUGAGAGACUGUCGAGCAGCUCUUUCAGUGGAUCCAAAUCAUCAGGAAAUUAUGGAACUUCAUAGUCGUGUUCAUAGUCAAGAACCUUGAGAUAUCUCGUUAACCAGCAAGCUAGUAACAAUGUAAAGGGCUAAACCCAGGAGUCCUUUUCCUUUGUAUCAUAGCCUGAAGGGCUAAGCAUUUCUCUCAUCUUACAGUUUAAGCCUCAAGGUUUUUGAACAAAUGUACAAUAUUCGGAUAGGGAACAAUUUUUUUUCUGUAUUGUAGACCAGAAACCCCCCCCAGUUUUGUAAUUGUCAAUAAAUAUAUCAUUUAAACAGAAUGCUGUGGUUUUCUAAUCACUUUAUUUUUUGGUGUUAUUUUAGAAUUGUCUGUGUGAGGGCAGGGACAUGGGCAUGAGUGUGAGUGUGGGUUGAUGUGCAUGCACGUGUAAAAGGGUCGUCAUGCACUUUGUAUACAUAUUGUGUUUCUUAAUCA